GGGGUCUGCUCCCAUUUUCUUUCUCCUUAACCCUGUUCUGCCCCCUCCGGCAGUGCUAUCUCCAUUCCUAGGUUUCUACCAAUCACAUCCUUGCACUGUGAUUUAGGGACACAUCCUCCUGAGCUGAGGCGAGAGCCCUGCACUCGCUGCCAUAUGUUUAUUAGUUAUGAACUGAAAAGGGGAAGGCUUGACUUCCUGGGUCAUGGAAGAGAAGGAGUCUGGGUGACAGGAAGCAAGCAGCCUUUCAAGCCUAUUGCUUAGCUGCCAGAUUAACCUUGUCUUGAAAACAACGUGAUAGCCCUGUGUGCUAGUCAGUGUAAGGAAGACAAAAAUUCUUUGGAAACCUACCCAGUGGGUUUAUCUUCCAGACUUGAUAGACACAAAAGGCAAAGGGGGAACAUGGGAAAAGGAAGAUUUGAUGAAAAAGAAAAUGUGUCCAACUGCAUCCAGUUGAAAACCUCCGUUAUUAAGGGUAUUAAAAAUCAAUUGAUAGAGCAGUUUCCAGGUAUUGAACCAUGGCUUAAUCAAAUCAUGCCUAAGAAAGAUCCUGUGAAAAUUGUCCGAUGCCAUGAACACAUAGAAAUCCUUACAGUAAAUGGGGAGUUACUGUUUUUUAGACAAAGAGAAGGGCCCUUUUAUCCAACCCUAAGAUUACUUCAUAAAUAUCCUUUUAUCUUGCCACAUCAGCAGGUUGAUAAAGGAGCCAUCAAAUUUGUCCUCAGUGGAGCAAAUAUCAUGUGUCCUGGCUUAACUUCUCCUGGAGCUAAGCUUUAUCCUGCUGCCGUAGAUACUAUUGUUGCAAUCAUGGCAGAAGGAAAGCAACAUGCUUUGUGUGUUGGCGUCAUGAAGAUGUCUGCAGAAGAUAUCGAGAAAGUCAACAAAGGAAUUGGCAUUGAAAAUAUCCAUUAUUUAAAUGAUGGGCUGUGGCAUAUGAAGACAUAUAAAUGAGCCUCAAAAGGAAUGUGCUUGGGCUCAAUAUGGAGAUUAUGCUAUAUCUGUGUUUGUGACUGUGUGUGACCGCAUGAAUACAAUGCCCGUGUGGCUUUGCUGAAUAAAUUUGACGGAUGCUAAAA